UUUGUGUACACACUACCAUGUGAUGAGUCUGUUAUCACCACUGGCUAUUUUGGCCGCACUGCUCUCCUCUCUGUCGAUUCUAGUCAACAAAUACGUUCUCUCUGUUCUCCUCUUUACCUAUCCGACUCUCUUCCAGGGAUGGCAAUGUGCAUUUGUCGUUGCCUCUUUACUGAUGACGUCAUACUGUGGAAUUCUAGACAUGUCAAUACCUCAAAUGCAAGAUGCUGUAUUCUGCUUACCGUCGGCCACUGCGUUUAGUCUCUCUAUUUACAGUGGAUCUCGUGCUCUGCAGCAACUCAGUGUGGCUGUCUACUGCUCGUUGGCUUGUGUGGUCGACACAGUUAUGACGUCAUCGGUUGCACUUCGACAGGGACGACCGUCUGCGGUGUUUUUAUUUUUGUUGACAUUGUUUCAUUUGUUGAGCACGUGUCUGGUUGUCUAUAACGAUUUUGAUUACGACGAACGCUGGAGUGGAUAUUUGUGGAUGAGUGUGUCGUGUGUGUCAGCGUGUUUGUCCACUUUUCUAAGAAAAGACACGCCAGAAUCUGUAUCUAUAGAGAAGAGUGGGCGAGUACUGGUUGAUCACGUGAUCAGCAUAACUCUUCUGUUGCUCUACGGUUUUGUAUCCGAGCAGCUUGUGACUGCACAGAAUUUCACACACAUUUACAACAUGAGGUUCCAUGUGGGGUUAUUAGGGAGUGGAGUGUUGUGUGGCAUUGCUACAAUUGUAAGACUGAAAUUGCCGUCUUCGCUGUCGCUAUCGGUGACAUUCGAAGUGAGAGCGUUCGUCUCGUUUAUUGGAGUAGUUUUGUUACGAGACGACGUUUCUGUUGCUCAGGCGGUGUGGAUAGUAAUUUGUCAUGCCUGUGUAUUAGUACUGGGUUUCUUUGAAAGAAAGGUUGAUAUCAAUGAGCAAGAUGAAAUAAAUAAAUAA